CCACGGACCUGAGCGGACGCAAAUCGUGUAUGCUCCGGCCAAACCGGAAAAAAAUCAACGGCUAACCGAUCUGGACAAGCCGAUCCAGCCAGAAAAUCAUACAGCAGAGCAAGGGGGAAACGGUACUGACCGACUGAAAAUACGCUGCAAGGUCAGGGUGAUCCUUGUCGCCACGCCACCGAUGGAGAGCGGGACAACCGACCCAGCAAACAUGGGACGGAGAUCACAACGAGCAGCCACAGGCGGAGGUACAAACGCCAAGGACAUCAGCUCAAUGCCGCAGCGCCCAGCGGAACCAAAGAUGGCCGCCAUAUCUGAACAGGACACCAGCUCUGCAGGAUUAGAGCAACCAUCGGGGGUACUCACAGACCCACAGUCACACAUGGACGUUCAGCCGGACCCUGAUGCACUAAUCCCAGCCACCAAACUGGACAUCAGAAACCUCCUGGCAGAGCUGAAACAGAUGUCUGCGGUGGACAUGGCCUUGCUGCGCACCGAGGUCCAGGCGGUGACAGACCGUGUGCAAACCACGGAGGAGGCCAUUUUAGACGUGCAGCAUGAGAUGAGAGGCCUUAAAGAAACAGUAAUGCAACUUCAAACCGCCCAUUCUGCUCUGCUCAACAAACUGGAUGCUGCAGAAGACAGAAACCGCAGAAACAAUGUAGAAAUAAGGGGCAUACCCAUCACUACCACAUUACCUCAGACGCCUCACAGGCAAAGAAGCUGA